AUGGGAUUGUUGAGUUUAGUGGGGAUUGAACCCUUCGUUGAACUCCCAUUGGAGAUGGUCUUAGAAGAGAGCCAUCCACCUCCACCACCGUCCGCAACCGCCACCCCCACCUAUCACCCACCAAGAUCACCACCCGCCACUACCAUCACCACUUACCUCCACCACCCAUCACCACCACCCCCACCCACCUCAAUCACCCAUCACCAGCACCCGCCUUCGCUACCAACCACCACCAUCACCUAUCACCAAUCACCACCCUUCACCAUCCACCACCCAUCACCACCAUCUGUCACCACCACCUUCACCCACUACCCUCCACCAUAUCCACCCGCCACCACCACCCAUCACGACUCACCUUCACCAUGCAUCAUCGCCACCUCGCCCAUCACCCACCACUACCAUUACCACCACUCGCCACCACCACCAACCACCACUACCACCCAUAUUUACCACCACUCGCCACCACCACGCUACCUAUCACGCACCAAAACCACCACCACCACCCGCUACCACCAUCCAUCACCACCAUCCGCCACUAUCACCCAUUACUACUACCUACCACCACCAACCACCGCCACCACCUACCAACAUCAUAACCACCUACCACCAUCACUACUAAAACCACCAACCACCACCAAUCGUCAUCAACCACUCAUCAACACCACAACCACCACCCACCAGCUAUAA